UCAGCUCUGUUGCAUAAACAGAGACGUCCAAAGAGCAAAGAGGUGGAAAUUUACUCCUAAAACCCCCCUCCCCCCCAAAAAACAAAAAACAAAACACAUCUUUACUUUAAUUCUAUCAACUUAGAACCCUGUUUGCAGUAUGACUGGUGAUCUGUCUAAAAAGAAAGUUAAGAGCUCGGGUGACAAAAGGGCCAAAAGGAAAGUCAAACGCAGAGAGACUUACGCCAUGUACAUCUAUAAAGUAUUAAAACAGGUCCACCCUGACACGGGUAUAUCCAGCAGGGCCAUGAGCAUCAUGAACUCCUUCGUUAACGACCUGUUUGAGAGAAUUGCCACGGAGGCAUCGCGCCUGGCUCAGUAUAACAAGCGCUCCACCAUCACCAGCAGAGAGGUGCAGACCGCGGUGAGACUGCUGCUGCCCGGAGAGCUGGCGAAACACGCCGUGUCCGAAGGCACCAAGGCGGUCACUAAGUACACCAGCUCCAAGUGAACCUCUGGAGAAUCGGACCAUAACUUUGCAUGACUUUUUGAGCGGCUUCAAUAAACGCACACAAACUAAAUGUUU